ACAUGCUCAACACGCGUCUGUAAUUGCACAUAUUUAGUAUAUACUCUAACAAAAGUGACAUGGCGGCUACAAUGCCAAAGAACGUAACUAACAAAAAAUGUAAAAUUUGACGAACGCAAAAAAGUUAUUCGAUCGACAACGCGAGAGUUAACUUUCAUUCACCAACGAUCUUUUUCACUAAAGAAAGAAGAUUGAAGAAUCGAUUCGUCGUCAUCGAAGGAGAUCGGAAGGAAAAAUGAUUGUACAAAAAAAAAUUGCUGUGUUAAAACAUCGAGGCAAUCCGUAGGUCCCAAUAAUCUUAUCUCCCGUAUCCUAAUUUUUACCAUUUUCAUUGUUUUUCUUUUUGUCACUUCGUUGUUUUCCUGAAUUUCCGUUCCCGAGUGGUCUGUUGUUUUGCGGGUGUGUAAAAUUUUGAACGUGUGUCAAUACGGAAAAACCCGAAAAUGAGCGAGGUAAGCGCAAGUACCAAAGUUCCUACAGACUCGAAUAGCGAGAAGCCGGCGACCACAGUGUCCGGUAACGUGGAAACUGAGCAUGCUGAUUCGGAGGAAAAUAAACUGGACAACAAUGCAGUGCAACGUGCCAUCGAAGGGCUUGCUGAAAUCCCGGAUGACAAACUUGAUGAAUUCUUCAAUGACAAAGACUUCAUCGAUGAACUGGCCGUCGUAGACACCUGGGAAGGAGGCACAGAAAAAUCACCCGAUUCAUCCAGAGGAGAGGAGCGCAAUAAGGAUCGUGAACGCACCAAGUCAUCGAGGGAGCGUCCAAGGAGAGAGCGCAGGAGUUCCCACAAUCGAGAUCGUGAGCGAGAUCGAGAUAGAGCGAAGAGAGAGGAAAGGAGACGCGAGGAUCUGCGCCGUGAUCCGUCCAAGAGUUCCAAGGACAUAGAACGCGAUAAAAUGAGGACGAAGAAAGACACUGCGAGGAAAAUACUCGCGGAGAAGGAAAAGGCUAUCAAGAAUCUCCUGGAGUCUGAUAAUGUGGUACCUCCUGGCACUGAGGUCGAAGCCAUUCAGGACAUCAGCGACAAACACAUUUCUGAACGGACAACAACAAGGAGCAACAGGAAAAGCCGUGACCGCCGCAGGAGCCCGGACCGUCGAAUGAACACUCCACCCAGAAGAAGGAGCAACGACAGGACUAGAUUGAGUCCCAAUCGACGUAUGGACGAUGAGAGACGACCCCUUAGAGUGACACCAGAAAGACGAAAAAGUUGGGAACGUCGUGCUAGCAGAGAUAGAAGCAUCGAACGACACAGAAGACGCGAGGAACGCGAGAGGCAGGCUGCUCGAAGAAGUAGAUCGCGCGAUCGUCACAGAAGCCGAAGCAUGGAUCGUUACAGAAAGCGUUGGAGUCGUUCGCCGAACGGACGACGUUCAUCGAGCCGGAGACGUUCAAAUUCGAGACGACGGAGUCGUAGCAAAUCAUCGGAUCGUCGGGUGACGAGGAAGCGUUCUCCAUUCAUCAACGAGAUCGCCAGACAAUUCGGCGCCGAGGGAUUGAUGCAAACGGAACAAACAGCAGGAUUUUUGCCGGGAAUACCGCCGCUGCUGAAUCCAACGUUUCCUCAGGAUCAAAUCGCGCCGGUUCCACCACCGUCGUCGAUGCAACAAUUCAUGCACCAUCCUGGUCCUCCUGGACCGUCAGGAAUGCACAUGCAGCAGGGAGGAAACCAGCAAUUCGUCAAUUUUGAUCCACGAGCUCCGAUGAACUUCGAACCGGGAAGAGGACCGCUUCUUCACACACCACAGCCGGAUUACUCUUCGGCGCCGAUUAUGUACAAUCAGGGAAAUCCACAAAGAGCGAUGCAACCGCAACAGGGCUUGAUCGGGCCACCGAUGCUCUCCAUGCCGAUGACAUCGCCCCAACCGGUUCCUGCACCUGUCGAACCCACCCCAAUGAGCUACAAUCAAAAUCGAGGUCCUUCGCACAUUCCUUCGGAAACGCUACAGCUUCACAUGGAAAUGGCAAGUCGUCAUGGCAGGUCACCAAAGUCAUCCUACCCCAAUCUCAACUUGAAUUCUUCGGCGUACAACGGGCUCGAAGCGCAUCAUUCGGAACGCCUGAAAACUCCGGAGCCUCCGGUCAUCUCAAAACCAUUCGAAAAGACGAGUUUGUCCAGCCUGUUGGAAGCAUCGGUGUCUGCUAAAGAUUCCUCCACUGUUCCAGUUUUGUAUCCAGGAUUCAAGCCGGAGAUAUUGCAGCAGUGCGAGGUAGCGUUACGCGAGUUACCGGCUGAAGAUCGGCGCUUCAAGAUGAAGGGACGAUUCUUCUUUGACCCAAGCAAAGACGACGCAGAGCCUAUUGUCCAGGAUUCCGGAUCUAACUCGAUAUUGCUCCGCGGAGGCCGUGGAAAAUUGCUCUGGGAAACGUCCGACAAGAUGCAAAACUCGACGGACACGACGCGCCCGUUCGUAGAAACUCAUCAAAAAAUUUGUCAGACGGACGAGACCCUGACCGAGAGCAAAGCUGUGCAGGUCGAAAUAAAGCCAAAGACCGCUGAUUUCAGCCAGCAAAUAUUCCCGGGUGAGCUUCAACAAGUGACGAAAGAAGAGAAGCGUCCGAUAAUGGAUCGUUUGGAUUGGAACGUCCGUGAAAAUUAUGACUAUCCCAACAAAUUAAGGGACACCGAUGAUCUCCGAUGGACUUUGAAUAACUGGAAUCGCGGCUUGUCCCCGCCUGACGUAUUGGUAGAAGAUCGAAGAAUAAAUUCGCCUCCCUCGGGUCAAAUGGACCGCGACGAUCGUCGCGGUGGCAUGAACGUCCCUCCAUCCACCCGGCCUCGGGACAAUUAUCCUUUCGAUCGAAGCUCCUCCCGGGAGCAUUAUUCGCGCGAUCAAUUCAGUCCACCUUAUCGAAGAUCGAUCGAGCGUCAGGAAGACUUCCACGACGUCAGAAGCGAUCACAGUCGAGGCGAGAGUCCAAUGGUUCUCGAGGAGCCACCGGACGAGGUCGAAAUUCUCGACGAAGAUCAUUACUCGCGAGGCUCCGACUGGAGAUCCUCCCGCGGUAACACGAGCUUUGCCCCCCGCCAAAGCGCUCUUCAGAAAAUCCAAAAUUUGCGGGGAAAAGCUUCCGGUAGAACGUUCCGCGGAAGAGGCGGAUUCCGUGGAAAAUUUUGAAACAACCGCAACCUCCAUGAAAAAGAAAAUUAUAACCGAAGAAAGUGCGACUAAAACGAGCAACAAAUGGAUCGUUUUGUAAUUGAUUGAUCAUGGAAACAACCGAUACAUAUUAUCGGUGCGCAGCAACGACGACGGAUGUUCGAGAUUAUCGACUUGUCGAUUGAGUAUCGAUUUUACUGGCAUGUUCUAUAUUUUUUGACGUCCUUUUACGCGCUGUAUUCCCCGAUUAAUACUGAAGGAUCGUAAAAACAAGCGAGUGGACAACCUUCGAACAGACCCCGCGUCGGAACUAUAAUGGUGGAUUUGAGUUUUGCAUGUUCGCAUGACGAAGAAUCCGAUAGUGAACCAUUUCAAAAUGGUACACGAAGUAAGCUCCGUCUUUAAUAAUUCCGUAUCGAAGGUUCUCAAAUCCUUCGAAUUUUGGGCACACAGUGGGCUGCAGCCUCGUUAAUCUUUAAACAAGGUGCAAAGUGUCUUUCCGUCUCGACAUCACAUUUCUAAGAAAAACACGAAGUUGCGGAAAAGCCGAUUGGCCAAUUUGCCUUCAAUAAAUAUUUUACGUGCAUUAAACGUGUUUUUAAACGUUCAAAAAAGUUGACUAAAAAUACCGUGAGGAAGCCUACGCGUUGAGAUAAAACAGAUUUUUUUUUCAAGCGAGUGCGUAGACUUCGCACCUUACGUCAUUUUGUUUGCCAUUGUUAUCUUUAUUUUUUGUUCGCAAUAAAGAAUUCUUUUGACCUGCGCGUUAUGCCAUCGAUGUGUUUGAAAUUUCGUUGGCGAAAAGAGGGGGGAACGUUUUUUACUCCGAAAUUUACGAAAAUAUAUAAUGAAAAAAGGUUUAGUUUACUCAAAAUGAGACGAAAUAUCCACUUGUUCACGAGGACGAACAAGUAAGACGAAUAUCUGUAUAGAUUACUACUGCUGAAUAAAAAGAAUAUCGACGUCA